GCGAGUCUCUCCGCGGAAUCCGUCCCUCGAGAGAGGCGGCCUCUUUGCGACUCGCCCGAGGACCUCGUACCUCCUCCGGCGAGCCUUUUUCCCUGAAAAUGUCGCAGCCCAAGUUUCGAGAGGAAUUCCGCGCCGCACCGCGAAUUAUGUAACCGGGUGCAGUGUCGCGCUAUCCGGACGGAGCUGCGGAAUUGCCGGACUGUCGAGUUGUAAAAGCUGCAAGAUUUCGGAUGCUGCAAGGAUUGCGAGAGGUAUGGAACUUGUGGUUCCGCAGAACUGCGAGAAUUUCUAAAACUACAGUUCCUAUAGAGCUACGGUACUGCAGGAACUACUGCGUUUCAACUGCAGCAAAAGCUGCGAGAGGUAUGGAACUUGUAGUUCCGCAGAACUGCGAGAAUGUCUAAAACUACAAUUCCUAUAGAGCUACGGUCCUGCAAGAACUACUGCUUUUCAAGUGCAGCAAAAGCUAUGAGAGGUAUGGAACUUGUAGUUCAGCAGAACUGCUAGAAUUUGUAAAACCACAAUUCCUAUAUAGCUACGGUCCUGCAAGAACUACUGCGUUUCAAGUGUAGCAAAAGCUGCGAGAGUUGCGGAGGAGCGCACGCACGUGCGCGCAUGCACCGCGGAAUGGACGCGCGUUCGGAGACGUCCAAGGUCGAUAUACCGCACAUAUCGAUAGGAUCUCUCGUUACACGUCCCGAGACUACGAGGCACAUAGGCAAGGACUCGUCCGAUUUACCCAAUUUUUUCUUUUCAGCACGCAGAAGAUGAAGAGUAUCCCUGCGACACCGUAUACCGAAAUCACAGCUGAGCGCGACAAAGUCCCGACAAGUGCCCAUAGAUUUUCCCGGUGAAAGUCCCCGUAGAACCCCUCCGAGAACCUGCACCAUUUCAAAAACUAACAACUGCAGAAACUACAGCUACAAGAACUACAAGUGCGACAAUAAACUGCAGCUACGGAACCGCAAAAGCUACAAAGACAGGGACCCGAAGAGUGCCUUCCGAACCUCUCUGGGAGGGGCUGCGGAUCUGCAACGACCACAAGAACUACAAGAACUACAAAGCUACCGAACCGAACCUUCAUAUGGGAAAAAUCCCUGCGAAGAGCAGAGGGCAUCAACUCUCUCGAAGCGUCGUUUCGAGAUCCGUAGAGUCGAUUCCGGUAGCGAGACCGCGGUGCAAAGUGCGGCCUAGCCCCGGGGGUGUCGGCGACAACGGAGUCCAGGGUGUGCGAGGCAAGGGUCUGCCCCACGUGGUCUACUGUCGACUGUGGCGCUGGCCGGACUUGCAGUCGCACCACGAGCUCAGGGCGAUCGAGCACUGCGAGUACGCCUUCACGCAGAAGAGGGACGAGGUCUGCGUCAACCCUUACCACUAUCAGCGGAUACAGACGCCAGUUCUGCCGGCGAUCCUGGUGCCCAGGCACAGCCUCUCCGGGGACGAGUCCGUCCUGUACAACACCUCCCUCGAGGAACUCAGCGUGAGCGUUCCUGAAAACACCAGCUUCCACGCGACCCUGAACCACCAGCACCACAACCAGCAGGGUAUCCCGCAGUCUCCGCAGCAGCACCAACCAAAUAAUCCAUACCCAGGAAUGCAGAGCAUGCAGGCCACGAGUCCGGCGAGUGUCGGCAGCCUCGGUAGCGUCCAGGGCUCGCCGCAUCCUGCCCCCGGGUCUAUGGAUCCCCCAGCUGACACCCCGCCUCCCGGGUACAUCAGCGAGGAUGGCGACAACAUGGACCACAACGACAACAUGUCCUUGUCUCGCUUGUCACCUAGUCCUGUCGACGCCCAGCCGGUCAUGUACUGCGAGCCGGCAUUCUGGUGUUCCAUAAGUUACUACGAGCUGAACACGAGGGUGGGAGAGACGUUCCACGCGUCCCAGCCGAGCAUAACGGUGGACGGGUUCACGGAUCCCAGCAACUCGGAGCGUUUUUGUCUGGGUCUGUUGUCCAACGUCAACCGGAACUCCGUCGUCGAGCAGACCAGAAGACACAUCGGAAAGGGCGUAAGACUCUACUACAUCGGCGGCGAGGUCUUCGCAGAGUGUCUGUCGGACUCCAGCAUCUUCGUGCAGAGUCCGAAUUGCAACCAGCGCUACGGCUGGCAUCCUGCCACAGUCUGCAAGAUACCACCAGGCUGCAACCUGAAGAUCUUCAACAACCAGGAAUUCGCGGCGCUGCUGUCGCAGUCCGUGUCCCAGGGCUUCGAGGCGGUAUAUCAGCUGACGCGGAUGUGCACGAUCAGGAUGAGCUUCGUGAAGGGCUGGGGUGCGGAAUAUCGCCGGCAGACCGUCACCUCGACUCCAUGUUGGAUCGAGCUGCACCUGAACGGCCCUUUGCAGUGGCUAGACCGCGUUCUCACGCAGAUGGGCUCGCCCAGACUGCCAUGUUCCUCCAUGUCGUAAGUCGCGGGUCCGCGCCUUCGAGCAAGAGGAGAUCCGCACGUAAGAAAAUUCGCCCAGAGGGGUCAGAAGAGAGCCUCUAGCUCCCUCGAAUUCGCCGCCAUCGCGCUCCGACGACACUUACGAUGACGUUUGUCAUCGGGGCUCGACAUAUCCGUCAUUAACGGGCGACGUCGCCCCGUUUCCUGAAAGGUCUCAGGUCAACGUUCGCCAUUAUUCGUGAAAUCGGAGACAUUACCAGACACCUCGGAUCUGGAGUGGAAUCAUCCUCUUUUUAUACUUUCAAACGCGUGUCCUUUUUGCCCUGGCGAUCGCAAUGCCAGCCAGUGAUAUGCAAAUCGCCGUAGAGCGAGAUUAUUCCAACGAUGUUCCUUAAAUCACACCCACGAUGCGGAGAAGACAAAGUGUGCUCCCAGAAGUGCGCCAUUUUCCAAAAUGGCCGCGGUUUCGUUACAAGUACCGCGUGAAAUUCUCCUUAAAAUUAACGAUUACCCGAAUCUCCGGUAGAAUCCCGUUAAAAACUGAAACGAAGAUACGAGGAAUGUAACCGUAUAUACAUUUAUUUCGUACUUUCAUUAUUUCCAUUGUCGCGUGUGAUGUUUUUUUUUUUCUUUUUUCUUUUCAACCGUAAAUUCUGGAAGCACACCUUGCCCCGUGUCCUCGCUUUUGGCGUUAGAAGACGUCUCUCAUCCGUAGCGUUUAAGCGGUUAAGAAAGUGUCUUUCAACGCUGCAAAAAGCGAGGUAUGCUUAAAAUUAAAACGCUAAAUAAAGAGGGUCCCUCCCUCCUCAUCGUGGCUGCGCUUUUCGCACAAAGGACACCGCCUGUCUAACUAACCAGGGUCAGAAUUGACGAUCCAUGAUCCAGGAUCUGUGAUCUAGAUUCGGGGCUCUCCAAGGGAUAUUUUUAACGCCGCUCCCCGAUAAAUGCUGCCGUGAACCUAGUUUUUAUCCUUCGCGUCCUCAAGCCGAGGCGAAGGUGUGAGAUUGCAACGCUUCUGAGGGAAUGACACGCAGUAUUGCAUGUUCUUUUCUAACGCGGAUAACUAUCUCGUCACUAUGUACAUAUAUACUAUACAUAAAGUAUCUCGUAGGCACUCGUCAACGAAAACAGUCGCGAGCUCGGGAAGGAUGAUUUUUAUCGCGCGACAAAAAACCGUGAAAUCUUCGCUGAUGGAAAGACGCCAGGAGACGUCUUGGCAGUUUAAUUAUUCUUUCCAUGUUUUCUUUAUAUUAUAUAUGUAUACAUAUACAUGUAUAUAUAUAUAUAUAUUUUUAACCGUGUAUCCACGUGACAUUUUGCGACACCCAUGUCGGCAGUCAACGCCCCAUGAGUGUAAGAACGAGAAUUUCGGAAAAAUCGGCGCCAGGUCGAGAGCCGAUGUUCCCAAGAAUUAAACUGAAACUCAACCUUUAAGGGGAUGUGAAAGCGGCGCCGAGAUCUCAUUUUGAGACUUUUCACCUAACUGGGUGGUACGCGAAUCGUUUCAAAUUUUACCACGCAAAUGCGGAGGCUGUAAGGAAGGUCCCGAUAGUCAUGAGAUUUCAAAUUUCCUUUUUUUUUUAAUUUAUAAAGACGUUUAAAUAAUUGCUGCCCAUUCGGUAUGGCAGAAGAGAGAAAGGUUUUGUGAACGAUCGAUUCCUCGGAUGAAGCUUCACAUCCCCUUAAUGGGGGAAGGAAAAUAUCGCUACGUAUUAUGGUGUCUUAUAUCUUAACUAAUCGCUACCCCCUUAUCGGGGGUAGGGAGCUACUUCUACAAAGAUUAAGAGCGUCGCAAAUGGGAUAUAUCUUAUAUACCGAUAUAUCAACGUAAGGAGAGAAAUAUAUAAGUCGUCUCGAGGGUCGCGCCCUGUAAUAGUGUAAAACAUAAAACGUAAAAUGUGAGGAGGGAUGAAGAGAUAGGAUGUACAGGAAGAGGAGCCGAAGGUGUUAAGGACACGCGAGGAACUCGCUCGUUCCGUUUUUUUUUCUUUUCUUCUUUUUUCACCGUUUAUUUAAUUUAACUCAAACGAAAAGGUCAGUGCAAUUUUACCCAUAGCUCACACACAUCCCUGGUGAUCUCAGGACGAAUUUCAUCCUAUUCAAUUUGCCAUAGGAAGUCGCAAUAGUAAAUGGAAAGACGAGUGUUCAGGUUGCCUGACGCCGAUGGGCUCUCCGGAGUGGAGGCGCCGGGUCGGGCGAAAUAACCGCGGCCGCAUUUCCCUCCUUUCUACCAAAACGGCGCGUUGUAUAACAAAAUGCCUCGAAUAAAAGUUCUUCCGCGAGAUGUAAGGAACAACUUUUAUCCCAGUCAUUUCUCUGGGGGAUGCACUACUUUCGCGGGAAACCGCCGUCCGUGACACGUGUUUUGAUUUCGACGCGUCCGGAGUAGAACGGCCUUCGUUUUAUCCCCCCGAUAAGAAAUCAUUUAGCGUUUCUAAUUAAUUUCUUUUCUUCGUGUAAAUAGAGAUUAAUAUUAACGGCUGUCGGGUUUUUCUAUCUUUCGCUCGAUGCGGUGAUGACAGGUGUCGCGAGGUGAUUCUCGAGGAACGAUCGGCGAAUGGAGGAUCCUCGAGGGGGUCCUUCGUCGGAGACUAUUUAGAGGGAGGAUUUCUAGAGGAUAUAUUAAGGAUAUAUUUCGGAAAACAUACCAUUACGAUAAAUCUUAGGGGAGGCCUGUCGUUUCGGCAUCUAGUGCGUAACGGGACGCGACAAGUGCGCUGAGAAAGAAAAACAUUCAUUGUACCAAAGAAAUCAUAGAACAGUGCCAAACUGAUAUUUCGUCGCUACAGAGAAUAAUUAUUUGACUGAGAAAUAAAUUUAAAUAAAUUGUCAUAAUUCCGGGGGAGAGAAAAAAACAAAAAGAAAAAAAGAAGAAACAUUGCAUCCAACUUACUCGAGUCCAUGUCAGUCAAUUAAUCAUUCCCCGAAGUAAAGAAAUAUUCCUUUGCUACCGUUCAAUUUGGUUUAAUGAUAUUUCUUAUUCUCAGGGUGGAAGAGUGUAGAUUACGCAUGCGAGGAGAGUCGUCUCCUCGAUGAUAUACAUAUUAUAUCUACUCGAGAGCAGAAGGAGGUGGAGAGUAGAGGGAGCCGCUCCCACUUUGAGAAAAGGGAAAAGAAAAAAGAAAAGUGAAAGAAUCGAAGAUGGGAAAUUGAUAACGGAGAGAAAUCACAAUGGCUCGUCGGCACGGCGAGGCGCAUUGCGAGCGGAUCUUAUUUACACUAUAUUUCAUUAUAGAGCGUGUUAGAUAUUUCUAUUUUAUUACAAAUUUUAUUCUACUUCGAAAUUCGCCGUCGACGGAGGGGGGGCACGAUGACUUUCGUUGGGACCUUUGCACGCUGGUGUGCUACCGUACUAGUAUCGUGAUAAGAAGCGUAAAAAAUUAAACGGGGCUGCACACGUUACGAUAAAUCUGUAAGAACUGAUAUGCGCAGAUUUAAGAAUGACUGGAUUUAAUCCUGGAUAUUGAAAAUCCCAAAUUUUUCUAUCUUUCCUUUUGUACACGUUUAACGUUGCCCUGAAACGUUAUCAGCAACGAGGAUGUACAGACGUUACGUUUUAUCGUAACGUGUGCAGCCACCUUAAGAAAUUAAGCGAGAAGAAAUUGCAAAAGGGUUCGUCAGCGCGAAUGGGACGUAAAAAGGGAAUUAAGCGAGAAUUAAUGAAUAAACUCGUCGACCGCCGAAACGGGAGAAAAAGUCGACGUUAAACGGAAGAGGAAGUCGUUCCUUCCGGGGCGCGAUAUAUAAUAUACAUAUGUCUCGGGGUGUCGUUUGCUUGUUUUCGAAGAUAAAAAAAAAAGAAGAAAAAAGAAAAAGAAGAAAUCAUUCGACGUUUCGAGUGCCAUUUCAGCGACUCUGGAACUGUGAUCUCCGUCGUGCUAAAUAUUCUCGGCUUCGGGGUAUUUUCCCCCGCCAUUUUUUUUUUUAAAUCUGGAAAACCGGAAGUCCGGCCUGGAGAAAAAAAAAGAAGGAAAUUCGCGAAAAAAAAAAGAACCGCCUAUAGGAAAUACGGAGUCAGGGACUCGCGAAAUGAUUGAUUUUCGAUCGGUGCUGCAUGCCAAAAAUUAAAUGCGAAAUCCGCUUUAUUAAUUUUUUUAGAAAUUGCUUUAAAGGACAUCUUGUAAGCGUGUACUUGUAAAGAGAUGCUUGCGGGGUGUCGGUAGAUUUUUCCGAAUGAUAUCAUAAUUUGUACCGGCUGUUCCCUGAUAUCAUAUCGGGAGUAUAACGGCCCUGUUAUCGGAAAGACUUAUUGAAAAGCCAUCCUCGAAAUGGAGCCGCUGGAACGGCAAUCGACGAACAGCUAACCGGAGUGUAGUCUUACGAAUCCGUUUUUUUUUUUUUUUAAUACCGUAUUGUAUCGUCGAUCAUUAACGGCGGAGACAAAAAACGCGAAGAAAACUUUGAUAUUUUGCUACCGAACUACUGUUCUUAAGUCCGUAGUUAUUAUUAUCGACGAGACGAUCCUACUGCCCAUACAUUAUGGAUUACUAUAUAUUAUUACGUUUGUAUUGUAUAUCGCUUACUCGACUACUUCUCUAUAUCCGUUCUAACUUUUCUUUCCUGUCGCGAGGAGGAGCCGACUGGUUAUCGGACCGGGACUCGAAAGUUCAUUCCAAAUUUCCCCCCAAAAAAAGCAAAAAAAAAAAUACAGCACACCCCGCGAAUCUACAACACACAGUCCCUGGGAUUUUGUAUUACUACAUUUGUAUCCUUUCGAGAUAUCUAAUCGCCCGGUUCGCGACCGACUUUGUUAAUGUUAAUCAACAAGGGCAGCAUCGAUAAGUCCUAGAGAAGCCUGGUUCUAUUUCUCUAGCAAUACUUUGUAUCCUUUCGUUAUAAACCGCCGUCGAAAGUCGUUUUAGAGUUUCGAUCGCACUCUUUCCGAGACAAUCGCGAAUAAUGAUCAGCUGAUCGAUGACAACGAUCACCUGAGCAACGACGACAGCGAUCAGCUGACCGUAAACAGCGAUGACAGCGAUCAGCUGAUCGCCGGCCAAGCGCGGGAAAAUGAAAAAUCCCGCGAUCGCUUUACGAGCGCCGCGUUAAUUUUCUCAUUAAUCUUACGUUACCUAUAGCAUUCGAAAUGCGAGAGGGAGAGAAAGAGAGGGACGGGUGAUAAAUCAAGAUCGAAGGAGAGGGUGUACCGACAGAUCCGAGUCUGCCGCCGAGGCGGGAUAUCUCGUGGCACUUUAGGCACUUUUUAGCUCUAGUUGGGAAAAAACACAGCCCAAUAUCGCCGGGCAGCUCGAAUCCAGUCUAAUAGACAGAUUUAUACCCGCUGAGGCCCUUUAUACACCGUUUUCGUAUCGCCCUAACGAUAUCCAAAACAUGCGAAAAUUGCGAACUGUCGUGGAAUGUUUUUCUUUUUUUUUUUUUUUUCUAACGAUAUUUUAUUAUAUUACGUUUCCUCUCCUAAGGGAUGCCACACUGUGAUAGCCAAGCACCACAUCGACCGUACUUUUCGGAGGUCCUUUACCUUGUAAAGGCGGGACGGGUCUUUCCAACGCCGUCGAUUAAUCUGCACUUCGUUUCGACGCCGCCAUCUUGGCUCCGGUUCAUCUCAACGUUAGUUACUUCGACGACUGAUUCUCUUAAUAUCAAUUCGCGUUACGAGGUGAACUAUUAAUUAAACAUUUUAUCGCACUAACUGAGUGAUCAUUCCUCCACGAGGCAACGUCUAAACUGAAUAAUUCAGGGGAAACUUUGAAUAACUCGGCGAGACGUUGCGGAACCAAAAUGGCGGCGUUCUCCUUCUCCCGAAAUCAUUGGUUUGCGCAUUUCCUCUCAUAGAUCCGACGAUUCGGCCACGGCGUGAGAAAUUUUGCCAAAGUUCGAAAGCAAGCUUGCCAAAGUUCGUUUAAGUAGAGUACUUCUAUACGUCGGGGGGAGAACUCGCGUAUUUCCUUUCUCAUUUGUUCUACUAACUUUUCUCCCUUCUCUUUCCACUUACCCUGGCCUUUCUCCUACUUUCUUUAUUUUUCCGUUUCUUUGCGAAUCGAGCAGCCCGCCGAUCGGUGUACUUUUAUUAUCGAUAAACGCGACGUACGAGAAGAACCGCGUGUGACGUUCUGCCGAAGUCUACGGUACGAUAAGGAACCACGUAUGUGUGCGUGUGUGUGUGCGCGAGACUGUAUCAUAGUUAUAAAUAAAUGUAUAUGUUAAGUCCCAAAUUCUUUACAACGGUUGAAA